CUCGUACCGCAAUCUACCCUCUCGCCGUUCAACUUGAUAUCGACAUCACAUACACGACUCGACCCUCUUCUUCUUCAGUUCAGUCUAGGAAGAACCUCAAGAUCGACUCAACAUGCCUCCCAAGACCAAGGCUCAAAUCGCGGCUGCCGCUCAGGCCGGUUCUCGUGCCGGUAAGAAGAAGAAGUGGUCCAAGGGUAAGGUCAAGGACAAGGCCAACAACGCCGUCAUGGUCGACAAGCCCACCUACGACAAGAUCCUCAAGGAGGUCCCUACCUACAAGAUGAUCUCCCAGUCGGUCCUCAUCGAGCGAAUGAAGAUCAACGGUUCUUUGGCCCGAAAGGCCAUGAGGACUUUGGAGGACAUGGGUUUGAUCAAGAAGGUCGUGCACCACCACGGACAAUGGGUUUACACCCGUGCCACCGGUUCGGACUAAAGCGCUUAGCCCGAUGGCUGGCCCUCGCCUUUCGUCAACAUCGACUUGACCGACAAAGAUCUUCCCCAUCCUUUCUACCGGGAUCUCAUACCACACGCAUGCAGGAUCAGACGGAGAAAUACGGAAUGGAACGUUUUGAAGGGAACGGAAGGUGUGGCCGGGAGGAGGGGGGAACGGGGAUGUAUGAUGAUGAUAUGAUUACGAUCGAUUUGUCACCAAAACGGAAAA